GACGGGCAGCCUCUGCAUCAAGGGUGGCAGGAGGCACUGCCUCAGGACGGUGAAGGUCACCAGGGUCACGGACACCAAGGUCAGCGCCAUGGACUUCCAGACCUGGGAUGCAGACUGCGACCGCUCCUUCGAGAUGGCGCUUCCCCCACGCUGGGAGUUCCGGGACCGUGCCUUUGGGUCUCCGGGCAUCUGGCGGCCUUUCCAUGAGGCUGUCAGCUCCGAGAUCAACACCCUCGUCCGGCGGGGCCAGCGCCGUGGGACGGUGUCCAUCAACGGUGCAGACUUCGCUGUGGACCUCCAGGACAUGGUCGCCAUGCCGACAGAGCAGUAUGCUGUCCCGAGGAUGCUUCGGAAGAGUGUCCGGCAGCCGAAUGUCAACAAGAAGGCGUUGAAGCUGCUCUACCAGAAGUAUGCCGACGAGCUCCCCCCAGCGGACCAUCCGGGUGGACCGGAUGGAGUUGCUGGCGAGAAGUUCUUGGAGUUCUUCAGAGACUUGGAGGUGGAUCCUGGGACCGAUGUCGCUGCUCUGGCCCUGGCAUCUGCCUGCAACGCCGCAGAGAUGGGCGUCUUUCGUCGGCGGGAGUUCAUCUGUGGUUGUGCCGCCCUCGAGGUCGACAACAUCGCGGACCUGCGGACAAAGAUGGCGCAGCUCCGAGAGCAGGUAGUUUCUGGACAGGCCCUCGCAGACGUUUACACCUACACCUUCGGGGUAGCCUUGGAUCCUCCCUGCAAGGUCCUUCCAUUGGAGGAAGCAGCGCAGUACUGGGCCCUGCUCCUACCCAACUGGUCCCUGCGAGAGGAUUUCUGCGACUGGGCCGCCAAGAACAUGAAAGCGAGAGCUAUUCCCCGGGAUUUGUGGAUGAUGGUCCUAAAGCUGGCGACCGAAGUCCCAGCGGAUCUAUCCACCUACGACGAGAACCCGGCAUGGCCUGUGGUACUGGACGAUUUUGUGGAAUAUUAUCGUGCCCAAAAGGGACUCUGA